ACCUCCACAACGACCAAGACUUGUUCAAUAUCGCAAGCCACAGCCGAUACAGAAGAGUCGGCUCUACUAUCUGACAGGGAGGACGGUGUACUGUGCAGUCAGACUAUAUUGGCGCCAAAAUGAAAAGUCUACGAAGAGACUUUUCUUCGAAUCCGCAGGCUCAAAAUGUGUCCAGCAAAGUCUUCAUCAGGUCGACAAAAAGCGGCAAAGUCCAGAAGAUCGUUCGCGAAUUAUACUUGAGACAAGAUAUACCAUGCUCUUCCCAGUUAUGUGCAAUUUGUCCGACCUAUGCGCCAGCAGAUGCAAGCGGAAACAUUGCGCCGUUCGUUCUUUCCGAUCGCCCUGCAGGCACUAAAGCCUUUCCUGAAGGCCACUACAUCGUUCCGGAUACAAAUGCCCUGUUGAAUGGCAUGGAUGUCUUUGAGCACACUGGCGCAUUUUACGACGUGAUCAUUUUGCAAACCGUCUUGGAAGAACUUAGAAAUCUUUCAUUACCCCUCUACAACCGUCUUAUUUCCCUCAUAAAAUCGGACGAAAAACGAUUCUACUUAUUUUUCAACGAAUUCCGUCUCGAAACCUACGUUCGCCGACAGAAUGAUGAAUCGAUCAAUGACCGAAAUGACCGGGCUGUGCGCACUGUCGCUAACUGGUACACUGAACAUCUUCGUCAGGCUGUCAAGAAAGAAAAGUCUAUUCCGGCAAUCGUUGUACUCACUGAUGACAAAGAGAAUCUUCGAAAAGCGAAAGAGGAAAAUGUCGUGGCUCUGUCGCUCGCUGAUUACGUGUCAAAUCUCGAGGACUCCGACACUUUGAUCGACAUGAUUAAUGACUCCCGCGAGGAAAGAGGAAAGAGAACAGAGUUCUUCUACCCAGAAUAUUAUACGAUGUCAAGGAUGAUGACGGGCGUACGAGCAGGAACAAUGCAUCAAGGCAUAUUUAAUGUUUCUCCCUACAAUUACUUGGAAGGUUCUGUAAGCGUACCUGCAUUUGACAAACCAUUGCUCAUCCUUGGGCGCGAUAACAGCAACCGAGCUAUUUCUGGCGAUAUGGUGGUUGUUGAGAUUCUACCGAAAGAUCAGUGGAAGUCACCGUCGUCAAAGAUCAUAGACGAAGAAGCGGUCACUAAAAAUGAGAAUCCGGACAGUGAAGAAGCAGAAGUCAUUGUGAGUGAGAGAGAAAAGAAAGCUCUCCAGGAAGAGGUGCGAAAAGCCCAUGGGCAAAAUGCUGAAGGGAAAGCCCAGCCGACUGCCCGAGUUGUGGGAAUCGUUAAGCGUAACUGGCGUCAAUACGUUGGACACGUCGACCCUUCGUCAACGUUAUCCCAGGGAAAUUCAGGAAGGCGUCAGCAAUCCGUUUUUGUACUACCCAUGGACAAGCGUAUACCCAAGAUCCGAAUCAGGACCCGACAAGCGGCAGAGCUCCUCGGUCAACGAAUUUUGGUGACUGUGGACAGCUGGGACCGUGACUCUCGGUAUCCCACAGGCCACUUUGUACGGUCAUUGGGAGAAUUAGAAACAAAGGGGGCAGAAACAGAAGCCUUACUUCUCGAGUAUGACGUGCAGUAUCGACCAUUUCCGAAGGUGGUUUUGGAUUGUCUACCCCCCGAGGGCCACAACUGGAGGGUCCCUACGAAUAUGGAUCAUCCUGGCUGGCACAAACGGCGAGAUCUACGAGAUCUUUUAGUUUGCAGUAUCGAUCCUCCCGGUUGUCAAGAUAUCGACGAUGCUCUUCAUGCACGACUUUUACCAAAUGGAAACUAUGAAGUAGGUGUCCAUAUUGCUGACGUAUCCAAUUUUGUCAAGCCAAACAAUGCUAUGGAUUUAGAAGCAAGUUUGCGUGGUACCACUGUCUACUUGGUGGACAAGAGAAUCGACAUGCUUCCGAUGCUUCUAGGAACUGAUCUUUGCUCACUCAAACCAUAUGUUGAACGUUUCGCUUUUUCCACCAUCUGGGAGAUAACACCCAACGGAGAAGUCGUGUCCACUGAUUUUACUAAGUCUGUCAUUCGGUCACGGGAAGCUUUCAGUUACGAGCAAGCUCAGUUACGAAUUGAUGACGCUUCUCAGACCGAUGAGCUGACCCAAAGCAUGCGCACACUCUUACACUUUUCCAAAAUCCUUCGGCAGAAACGAAUGGACGCUGGUGCCUUGAACCUUGCGUCUCCCGAAAUCCGAAUUGAGACGGAAUCGGAACUCAAUGACCCGCUCACUGAUGUCAAGACGAAGGCGCAUUUGGCGACAAAUAGCCUUGUUGAAGAGUUCAUGCUUCUCGCCAAUAUCACGGUAGCUUCUAAGAUUUACAGCGCAUUCCCUCAAACUGCUCUUUUGCGAAGACACGCAUCCCCCCCUCCUCAGAAUUUUGAGCAGUUGGCUACUCAACUACAAAAGAAGCGCGGUCUCAAUCUUGAUGUUUCAAGCUCAGGGGCUUUGGCCGCUUCUCUCGACAAGUGUGUUGACCCAAAAAAUCCGUUCUUCAAUACGUUGGUCCGUAUUUUGGCCACUCGUUGUAUGACUUCAGCUGAGUACUUCACUGCGGGUGCACACGCUGAAGUUGAAUUCCGGCACUACGGACUUGCUUCGCCUAUCUAUACACAUUUUACAUCUCCUAUCCGUCGUUAUGCUGAUCUUAUCGUUCAUCGACAACUUGCCGCUGCUAUCGGAUAUACUUCAGCAGAAGGUCUUAGCCGACGAAGUCAACUGGAGGACGUCUGCAAGAACAUCAAUUACCGUCAUCGCAAUGCACAGUUUGCGGGACGGGCCAGUAUUGAGUACUAUGUCGGCCAAGCACUGAAGGCUCGGGGUGAGAUGAUGGCUAAAAACAAGGGUAACGAUAAGAACCUCGGUGUUGAUGAAGAAGGAUAUAUCAUGCGCGUCUUCGAGAACGGCGUGGUUGUCUUCGUCCCUCGAUUUGGUAUCGAGGGUAUUGUGCGAUUGGAAGAUUUCAUGUUACCCGGAGAAAAGAUCCUUCCUAACGUGCAUGACCCCGAACAAAUGCGAGAGGUUGCCCACCGACGAGAUAGCGAAUAUGAUGCUGAAGAGUACACUCUACGUGUCUGGGACAAGAGUCAUCCGGAGACUGAAAGGUCUUUGACGGUCGAGCUAUUUGAGAGAGUGCAGGUGAAUGUCAGCUCUGUCAAGGAAAAAGGCGGGCGUGGCGCUGGCAAACGCAAAGUACGUAUGCUCAUCUUAGGAAAGGUAUAGAUGCCCAAAAUAAUAGAUUUGAUUUCUAUGCGAUGAGUCAAUCAAUCCGUAAGGCUGUAAUACAGAUCUGGUAAUAUUACGACUAUCGUACUGUAUUGUCAUGUACUCGGGCUGCCCCGCGGUUGGCCUCGCGACGAUUUAUUUGCUUUCGGUUUCGGCUUGUUUUUGUUGACAUGAUCAAUACGACUAUCGUAUAUCGUAUCGGCCUGUUUUAUCACAGAUACGAAUUGGCUAAAGAUCGUCGUUGUCGUGGUUUUCAUAGCUUCGCAUAGAUAGAUUUUGGAACC